AUGAACAAUGUCCAAGAUGACGUUAACAGGAAGACAGGGAAAGCUGCACAAGAAUGGAUGAACAAUGUCCGAGAUGACGUUAACAGGAAGACAGGGAAAGCUGCACAAGAAUGGAUGAGCCAUGUCCGAGAUGACGUUAAUAGGAGGACAGGGAAAGCUGCACAAGAAUGGAUGAGCCAUGUCCGAGAUGACGUUAACAGGAAGACAGGGAACGCUGCACAAGAAUGGAUGAGCAAUCUCCGAGAUGACGGUAAUAGGAGGACAGGGAACGCUGCACAAGAAUGGAUGAACAAUCUCAGUAAGGAAUCGUCUUGUCCGAGGGAUUUUGUGUACAACGCCAAGCUGAAGUUCUGUUUCAAAGUGAUUUUUGAGAGAUCCUCCACGUACAGUGCCAAGAAGAAAUGUAAGCGGAUGGUCAAGGGAGGUCGACUUGUCCAGCCGGACACAAGAGACAAACUGAUGGAACUCACAAAAACUAUCAGCAGCAAAAAUCAUGGGACUCGAUCAAGCUUCGCCAUCGGCUCCACCAAGAAUAGGGGAAGAGACUACACGUGGAUGGACGGCAGCCCAAUGAAAUACGCCAACUGGUGUCUUGGUUCCCCGAACAAGGGUAAAGCGUGUGUCACACUCACUUCUCAGCGACGGGGCAGCGACAUGUGCAUGGACGACGGCUGCUGCUAUCAUCGUGGAAAGUUCAUCUGUGAAAAGCCCAUCGCGUAUUAGAAGCCACGGGUGCCCCAGAUGUCUGAGGUCUCGUAGUUUGCUUUUGAAAGCGGCAUUAAAGAUAUUAA